UGGAGGCUUACCCCGAACGUCACUUCCUGAGGCUCCCCGUGUGCUCUUGAUGAGAGCGAGCUAAAGUAUCUCCUCUCCCAUAAUGUCACAACAACGUGUCCUCCCUCAGAGUAAAGAAACUCUCCUUCAGUCCUUUAACAAAAGACUGAAAGACGAUAUCAAGUCCAUCAUGGACAACUUCACAGAGAUCAUCAAGACCGCAAAGAUUGAAGAAGAAACCCAGGUGUCUCGGGCAACCCAAGGCGAGCAAGACAACUAUGAGAUGCACGUCAGAGCAGCAAACAUCGUCCGAGCCGGAGAAUCGCUCAUGAAACUCGUCUCUGACCUGAAGCAGUUCCUGAUCCUCAAUGACUUCCCCUCUGUCAACGAGGCCAUCAACCAGCGUAGCCAACAGCUGCACGGCCUGCAGGAGGAGUGCGACAAGAAGCUGAUCGCGCUGCGGGAUGAGAUCUCCAUCGACCUCUACGAGUUGGAAGAAGAAUAUUACUCUUCCAGGUAUAAAUAAAGCCCUGGGUGACCCAGACUCACCUCACACCCCGGCCUGUCUCUGACCCUCAGACUGCAGCUGCCCUGGUAGACCCCCUGAAGCAUCGAUGCCUGGGCUGCUGAAUCUGCACCGGAGGGCGGGGUCCAGCCCCAAUGCAAUUGGAUGAGCACUUUCUGCUUGCAAUUCAGCACCUCCAGUUAGGUCGCAAAACCGUGCGAUACAAAUCGGGGCUUGCUUCAUGGAGAUGCAGGGUCAGAGCAUCUUCCCAAGAUGGCAUCUCCAGGUUUUGCCAGCCACUGUCAGUGUAUUGCUUCUGCCCCAGAUGUUAUCAGCUGUCAUUUGUUUGGGGGUGGGGGUGGAUAUACUUGUCUUUAUUCCAAGACCAGAAAAGAAAUAUUUAAUAUGAUUCCCAAGAAGCCUUUUAUAGUAAUUUUACCCACACUUCCAGCUCCCCAGAUGGCUUGAUACAGGUGAACAGCUUUUCUGCACUUUGGUGUUGCAUUACAGCAUGGAUAUUUUUAUUCUGCGUGUGUAAUGUAAAACAACUAAUUGCUUUUGAUGAGGUGGGGAACUGGAGAUCAAGAUGCUUUAAAAGAGCGAGACGUUGACAGCGGUGUUUGAUUCUAAUGGGAUCUCUCUGCAGUCCGUGUCCAUCUUGUAGCUGCAUCAACAGAAGUUGCUCACCUUCAGAGCUGGCUUGUUUUUUUUUUACCAUAAGGUAGUCACACGUAUGGAAUUAAGAAGUGCCUGAAACAGGAAUCAGCUAUUUAAACUCAGCAACACCUGGCCGGCUCCUUCUUGUUGCCAAAGACCAGUGCGGUGGCAGUGGCUGUCACAGGCAGGGGAAGCUGUUUGGCUGGCGGGCCAAAUCCUUUUGCCUCUGUGAGGUUUCAUUCGACUCCUCCAUGUGCGUGUGAGAGUUAUCCAAAGAGGUUUCUUUAGCUGUUGAGAGAGAAAAUUGAACUUUUUAGUGAUUUCCGUAGUCUGGCUUUUAAAACAAUGACAUAUUUAUGGCAGCUGAAGUCUGUUCAAAAGUAGCACUAGUCCAUGCUUGGAGGCAGUGUACCUGUUCCCCGCUGGCCCUCCUGCUCAGCCUUUUCCUUCCUGCAUCCUUCUGGCUUCAGGUUUAUAGUGGCAUUUUGUGUCAUGUGCACCAAAGAAACCAAACUCCUGCCGUGUUGGGAUGAAGCCUGGGAUCUGGGUGGAAGUGUCUCUCUGGUCCACGGGGUCUCCAGCACAGCUUCCCUGCAGCCAGUGGGUGGGGAGUGGCCUGCAGCAGGCAGUGCAUCCUUCUUCGUUGACCAGGCCGGCGUGGAAGGCCAGGCUUUUGGUGCUGGAGCCUGGAGGAGCCAGAGGCUUCAGGCUGCCCAGUGGGGUGGGGGUGGGAAUUACAUGCUGUGGUUGGACCCUGAGUGUGUUCAUCCUCCCAGGGCCCCCCCCACUUCCCAGGCCUCGUGCCACUUCUCGCACUUCGGGUUUCAAGUGUAAUUUGUUUUUUUCUGCGUGGCCCACCAUAGUGACUGGAUCUAAUGCUGACAGGUUACGAUGCUAUUACAUAAUAGUUUAAAAUAUUUACCUUAAAGCACUGAGUCAUGCUUUGAUGUAUCUAUAUAUACACACACAUAUAUAUAGCUAAAAUAUAUAUGUGUAGCCUCUACUUAUACGUAAAAUAUCUCCCACAAGAAUCUCUGCAUAUUAUUCUAAAUAAAACAGCCGUGAACCAAA